ACACAGCAUUUAGCACUUAAACGGAUUACACAACAGUGAAAAAGUAGAUCUAACCCAAAAUGGUACAAAAGAUUUUAAUUAUCAGCGCCUUAUUGGCUGUAGCCUCAGCAGUGGUACUUCCUGCAGCACCAGCUUAUCCUGCCUAUCAUGGUGCAGUGGCCAAAUAUGCAUUGCCUGCAGUGGCUAAGGUAGCUGCCGCCGAACCCUAUGAUCCUAAUCCUCAAUAUAGCUACAAUUAUGAUAUACAUGAUCCCACCACCGGUGAUAUUAAGAGCCAACAGGAAACCCGCAAUGGUGAUGUUGUCAAAGGCGCCUACUCUUUCAUUGAAUCCGAUGGCUUCCGUCGCGUUGUAGAAUACACCGUUGAUCCUGCAAGUGGUUUCAAUGCUGUCGUACAUCGUGAACCGGCUGGCGUUAAGGUUGCCCCUGUUGCCAAAGUGUUGGCUCCUGCUCCUCUCUAUCAUGCCCCAGUCGUGGCCAAGGCUGUACUACCAGCUGCCCCAUUGGCCUAUCAUGGUCUACCUGCAUUCCCAGCAUAUCAUCAUUAAAUCUUUGCUGCAUCGAUCUAUGGCUUAAGUUGACGAACUAGGAUUUUUCUCUUCAGGUCACCGUGUUGUUUACUAUCAAAUGAACCUCAUAUUUAUAAACUAGUUGUGCCUUAUUAAUUUUUUCAAUUGCGGUGUUGUUAUAGCCACCAUUUA